UUUAAAUAUAAAGAUUUUUGAUAAUUAAAUUUUUAGAUGUCUUAAUAAUAAGGAAAGAGUGGAAAAACUUAAUAAGGUAAGAAUGAAGUAAAAGGUGGAGCUACAAGUAAAGUAGUAAAACCUUAAGAAACAAAAGAGAAUGUAAUGAGAAAGAUUAGAAUUGAAAAAUUAAUGGUGCAUAUAUGUGCAGGAGAAUCAGGAGAUAAAUUAACAAAAGCAGCAAAAGUUUUAGAGGAUUUAACAGGAUAAAAACCAGUAUUUGGUAAAGCAAGAUAUACAGUGAGAUCUUUUGGAAUUAGAAGAAAUGAAAAGAUUUCUGUCUUUUGUACAAUAAGAGGAGAUGCAGCAAAAGAUAUAUUAUUUAGAGGAUUAAGAGUAAAAGAAAUGGAAUUGAAAAAGAGAAACUUUUCAGAUUCAGGAAACUUUGGAUUUGGGAUAUAAGAACAUAUUGAUUUAGGAUUAAAAUAUGAUCCAUAUACAGGUAGAUGGUUAAUAAUAAUAAAAUAUAGGUAUUUUUGGUAUGGAUUUCUAUGUGAUAUUAUCAAGACCAGGAUUAAGAGUUGCAUAAAGAAAAUCAAGAAAUGCAAGAUUAGGUACAGCUUAAAGAGUUAGUAAAAAAGAAGCUAUGGAAUGGUUUAAAUAAACUUUUGAAGGCAAUGUCUAUUGAUACAUUAAUACAAUAC